AUGCGGAUCCAUCAGGACCUGGUCCCUCUGGACGGACCUGCUGAAGCCCUGAACGUUUGGUCUCCAGUCGAGGGACCAGAGAAGCUCUCUGAACCUGUUCCGGUGUGUCCAGGUGUGAUUCUGUUCUGUACCUCACCUGGCCAGGUCAGAGGUCUGAUCUUCAGAAACAAGUUUGAGGGUGAGGAGUUGUGCGGUGACCGCCGGGGGCGCCACGCUGCACUCUACAGUUUCUCAGUGAGCUCAUGCUGCCGGACUUCUCCUGAGGGAGGCCGGGAUGCUCCUGCGCCGCCGGUCCUGCUCCGGCCCGCUGCUGCUGCUCGGGUGGCGGUGUGUCUCUUCUACCAGCUGAUGGUGGUCCGGAACCGGCUCCGGUCCGGGCAACAGCAACCCGCCGCCGAUAUCCGCUGCAGGAGGCCGUCGGACGAAGUCCUGAUGGAGGAGACCAGGAGGUUCCUGUCUACUCUGGAGACUCUGCAGAUACAGCCGUCCCCUCGGCGGCGGCGGGCUGUGGUUCUCAUGGGUCGACACCUGGUCUCAGACACCGAGGUCCAGCUGUACCAGCAGGUUCUGCAGCAGAUGGGCCAUGAGGUCCAGCUGUCCAGAUACGCCGAGACCAGCAGCUUCCUCAGAACAAAUCACG